CUAUAGACUUCUGUCUUCAUUUAAAUUCUUACUCGCGUGCCAGGCCCGCGAAACCUGCCGGCGGGCAUAUAUAAGCUGGGGUCUUGUGACCACCGCGCGCAGAGCACGGUACCUUGUGAGAGGAAAUCCCAUCCUGCGAGUUUUUCUCAGUGUCGAUUGUCGUCUGAUUAUUCAGUUAAAUACACCCAAAGGCUCUUUUAAGAGCCCAGCACAGAACGUUUUUGGCUUUUGUCAAUUGUCGUCUGAUUAUUCAGUUAAAUACACCCAAAGGCUCUUUUAAGAGCCCAGCACAGAACGUUUUUGGCUUUCAGCUACGCAAGUCAUCUUAGACUUUCAGUCUCUUGACCCAUCAGUGCCAAAGCUUCAGCAAGCACUGUGUGCUCAGCUGCUCUGGUCUCCAUAGUUCAGGGAAAGAUGGACACAAAAAAAUAUGCAGUGGUGGAAUUUACAGAGGACAGUGCAGUGGAACUAGUCCCAACCUCGUGGUUGGAAGAGACCAAAGAGGGAACGUUCUGUUACUGGACAUUUGGAAACAUAAGGCAGCUUGUAAAAAACUGCACAAUGCCAGACAAAGGAAAGUGGAGGCGGUGUCUAAUAAAAAAAAUCUGGCUAAGAACAGACUCAUACACCAAAGGUGUCCAGAAAUGCCGGCGUGUUGUGGAGACCUCAAAUAUUGAAACAGAGGAAAGCUCCACAACGGAAAAAAAGAGGGCACACAAAAAGCCAACAAGAUAUCUGUCUGAAACAGAUUCCUCCUCAGAUGAUGAUAGCAGAGUUUUCCCAACUGAGAAUAAAACCCUUUCAAAACCUCUUCCACCCAAAUAUAAGCCAUUCUCCAAUUUUCAGCCUCUGGACAAUGCAGAAGCAUCACCGCCAGCAUCCCGGCUAUCGUGUAUGGCACAACCCCUUCAAGCUGCCUCACAGCUCCUCUUAGAAGAGCCCCAGUGUUCUUCAGAAGCAGCAACAAAGAACUAUCGCACAAAAGUCUUGCAAAAACUGCAAGACAUUGCAGAAACCCAGCAAGACAUCUUAGCGAUGCAAAGAAGCAUACUGGCUGCUGUUGCUGGGACGGUGACAGUGACUGAGGAAGGGGGGGACAUCCUGGAAAAUGGACCAUGCCAGACUGUGGAUGAGCUGGAUACACUAAACACAGAACUGGGAAAUAAGGACAAAAGGACCAAGCUGGUGGGGCCAACAUUUGGGCGCACAUUUAUGACAGGUUACCUGUCAUCAAAAGGCAUACAUGCAGGUGAAGUUAGGGUUGGAAAAGCGCUUCGACAGGUUCAUCAACCAUAUAAUGAAUUGCGACAUAAGGGUGUACGCAAUCUGAAUCCAGUGCCCUACCAUGCAGAAUACAUGGAACAUAAACUACAUUUGGACAAAAAUGAGAAGCUGGUGAUGUUUGGAGUGACACAUGUUGUAGCAGUGGAUGGCUUCAGCAGCCAAAUAGUGGCUCAUAACACCAUGCCUGUUAAAAACAAUCAGAAAGUUUACAGGUAAAUACAAGCCCCACUAACAU